AUGGCUCUUCAAACUAUUUACGUCGUAAGACACGGUUUCAGAUCUAAUUGGGUUACUCAAGGACCAUACCCUGAUCCUCCACUUGGUAUCGAAAACGAUGUGCCCCUAGCAGAACAUGGAUUAGAUCAAGCUAAGGACGUUGCCAAAUACAUUGCUACGUUUCCUGAGGAUAAGAAACCACAACUGAUCAUAUCAUCCCCAUUCUAUCGUUGUAUCCAAACUAGUAAACCUACUGCGGAAUUACUACAAUUACCAUUGUACUUAGAACGUGGGCUUGGUGAAUGGUUCGUACCAGAAAGGGAAAACAUACCUGUUCCUGCCGGUAUCAAAGAUCUGGAGAAGUUCUUCCCUGGCUUGUUAAGCAAUGGUUGGGAUAAUUGUACUGUCCCAAGUAAUAAGGGUGAAACUGAGGAUGAAAUUUUACAGAGAUGUUACAAAUUUUGGGCUGCAUUUUUUAAACAAGUGGAAGAAAAAUUCCCCAAUGUAACUAACGUAAUUUUAUUUACUCAUGCUGCCACGAAAGCAGCCUUAGGGACAAGUAUUUUGGGAUUGAAGAAUGUUAGAGAUCCUAUAGAUGAUAAGGGAACUAUCAUUAGAAGUGGAAGUUGCUCGAUGGACAGGUAUGAACGUUCUCAUGAUGACAAGCACAAGUGGAAAAUGACCAUGAAUGGGAACGCGUCUUAUCUGACUAAUGGCGAAGAGAUGAACUGGAACUUUCAGAAGAGAUUCAAGGCUGCCACGGAUGCUGAAAUUAAGAUCAGAUUAGCUGCCAAUGAGGAAAUCAUUAAGGAAAAGGGUGCCAAGGCAGCUGCUACAGUAUUAGACUAG